GUGGCGUGGCGUAGAUAGCCCGGACCGGUGGUGUUUAUAUUCCUUCCUAUCAACCCUUAUUUCUGCUAUAGGAGCCGUAGUCAGUGUGUUAAUGCGUCUGUGUGUGUGUACGGGUUCCUCAUCGUGUCCACCAGUGCAAGCGGGAACCCGAACACAGCAUGCUUGGAGCCCCCUCGUGUCACGUGUAGCACUACCACCACGAAUCACCAUCUCUGGGGGAGGCACGGCAGCAGCAGGAUGAAGUUGGCACGUGGGUUCUGUGACCUGAACAUCUCUGCCACUGACACAGACCUGAAGAAGACCCUGCUGAAGGCCCUGAGUCUCGGUUACCAGACCUUGGCCAUCAACAGGGAGGUCACGGACACACUCGAGCAGCACCAGAAAGGCAAGAAGAGAAAGAAAGAUGACUUCCCCUCAGUGCCACCGCCUCCCAAAGUGACUUUGACAAAGGAAGAUCUGGACAGGCACGGCAUCACCAAAGAGCCUGUCAUCCUCACCCGCAUCACCAUCACUUACGCUGACCCAGGCUCUGCCUUCCUUUCAAAGUUCCGCAAUAGCAUCAAGCAGUAUGACAUUAUUGCCGUCACACCCACCACUGACAGUGCACUCAAGCAGACUGUGAGCCAAACAGUGGUGGAUGUGGACAUCAUUGCUCUGGGGCCAGAGGAGCGUGGAACAAGGUUUGCUAGAAAGCUGCUGCGACUCGCAGUGGAGAGAAAUAUAUAUUUUGAACUGAGCUAUGGGCCGUGCAUCACAGACUCCACCAGACGCCAGCAAACCAUCACCUUGUCACACGUCCUGCACCACAGCUUCAGGUCAGCUAACAUCAUCGUCACCAGCCAGGCGAGGAUUCCCAGCCACCUGCGCCGGCCCUAUGAUGUUAUGAAUCUAGGAAAGUUUUUUGGCUUGACAGACGCAGGUGCUAAGGCAGCGCUGGUAGCCAUGGGACACAAUGUAGUGUACUUUGCAGCAAUGCGUCGGCAGGGUGUGGCGAGGUGUGCUGCUCAGGUGACCCUACUGAAGAAUACUAAUGGGCAAGAUGACUCAAUAGCCAAGUAUGAAGGGCUGGAUGAUGCGAGAAAGUAUUUGAAGACUCAGAAUGCCUAAAGUGUAUUAUGAAGAGGGAAGGGGAAGAAAAGCAAGAAGGUAACCCACUUAUAAGUAGAAAGGGCUGGAUGAUGCUAUGGAGUACUUGAAGACUUACAAUGGCUAAGGUUUGGUCUGGAAGGGCACUAGAAUGCUUAAUGUUUGUUUUUUUCUUUUAAUGUUCAUAUAAUUUUUACAUUAUUUUUUUCACCACUUAUCUUUCUUACUUUCAUGUUCCAGAGAGGACAAAUUCUAAAUACAUUAAUAAUCUUGAUAUAAUUUGCUCAUCAUUGUUUAUUCAUCAGGUAGAGCAAAGUACUUCAUUUAUUUAUUUACUUAUUUUAUUUAUUUAUUUAUUUAUUUUUUUUUUUUUGUGUGUGUGUGUGUAUGUAUGAGAGAUUGGAGUUAGUAUUUAUAAGGCAGUCUUCAUAUACUCUAAGUAAAGUGACUGUGAUAUAUCAGACUUUUUUUUAUUAAUAAACAAAUAGAACAAUGAAUGGGAUGCCUUAUUGAGAGCCAAGACUUAGUACUGUAUAAGGUUCAUGUACAUAAUAGUAUUUAGUGUGCUUCACCUGCAACUGUGAUCUGGCCAGGUAACUGCCUUUUGAAUGGUGUUUUCUGAUUCAUGUACAGGCUUUCUGAGCAGUGUUAUAAGAAAGCAGCUCUUGUUUUGUCAGGUAUUGUUCAUAUAACCAGGCUAUUUUUAGAUAGGAUUUGUUAUAUGUAAUUUACUAAUAUUCUUAUAAAGCUUAUCGAUUUUU